AAUGCGUAAGCUUAAUUAAGAACACAAGUUGGCGGGUAAAUACCAGUCCGAUCAGAUGAAAGUUUAUGUUAUGCAUUAAGGUUUUUUCUGCAAAAUCGAAGUAGGGUUUUAUCGUAAAUGGCAACAGAAUCAUCGGAGUUGGAAGAAGAAGGGAAGAUAACCGGGGGAAUCAGCGCCUCAUGGUUGAAGAUGAUCUCAGAGAAAUGGGAAAGAUUGCUUCUUGGAGUGUCAGCUCUUGCAAGCCCAGCAAUGGGGUCUCCCACCUCCGCGACGACAACCUUGAUACCUAUUGGCAUUUUCCCGAAUCUCCUCAUGGUUCCAGAAGAAGGUCAAGCUGCAAUUGCCCUUUAUGUGGAUUUCAAGCUGGAUGAGAGCUACACGCCCAGUAAAAUCUCUGUUAGAGCUGGUGAUGGUUUCCACAAUUUGAAGUUAUAUCUACAUGUCUUGUUACAUCAUUGUUCAAUCUAUUUUCAUCUUCAAAACUUUGAAAUUAAGAUUAUGGAGCUUGUAAGGCCUACUGGUUGGAUUUAUCUAUCCUUGUCCGGAAAUGAUCCUCAGGGAACCUUUGUCAGUACCUUCAUGUUGCAAUUUGCUGUGUUGUCAAAUCAUCUCAAUGGGAGGGAUACCCAUUUUCUCCAGAUCAAAGUCUACGGGCCUCAACCGAAUCCCAUUCCAUGCCAUCCAUUUCAAUUUACUUCAAUUGAAUUCAUCACUUACUCUACCGUGAGAUGAGAAACAUUUGACCCUCUGGAUGGAUCAGAAUGAAGCAUAUAUAUUGUCGUAUUGUGUGGCACAGCUUGCUUCAAACGAGGAGCUUCUCAGAAAGCAGUAGUAUCUGUAACAUUAUCGUCGUCUUGUGUCUGCCAAAGCUAACGUAAAGGAGAUGAUUGUGUUAAUGUGUAGUUUUAUGGUUUUCUACCUUUGAGUAUACAGGCAUAAAGCAGCCUAAGUAGGGCUGUUUUCAGUCUUUUCCUUUGUAUUGUUCAGUUAUGAUGAUAUUUCUUUAUCCAGGAAAAGUAAGAGAUUCCAUGGUGUUACUCUGGCCUCUAUUUUUUGUUGUUUUUUGUUUGCAGUAGAAAUAGAUUCCUUUCUGUCAU